CAGUUAAAGUACUUCCAAUAUUGAAUGACCCACGCCAAUUGAAGUGGCAAAGUUUGGCCAUUGCUUUACUUUUGAUUCAGAUAUAUUGCAACUUGCAACUCUUUGAGUUAUCCAUUUAUAAAGAUUGAUUACUGCAAUAGCAUAAUUGAUUAAGAUGGUGAGUAAUAGAAAGAUUGAUCUACGUUCUGACACGGUGACAAAACCGACCGAGACAAUGCGAGCUGCAAUGGCGAUGGCCGAGGUAGACGAUGAUGUGUUGGGUAAUGACCCAAUUGCCCUCGAGUUAGAAGAAGAGAUGGCAAAGAUAAUGGGAAAAGAAGAAGGGUUAUUUGUACCAUCAGGCACGAUGGGGAAUCUAAUAAGUGUUCUUGUGCAUUGUGAAAUUAGAGGGAGUGAAGUGAUUGUUGGAGAUAAUUCUCAUAUUCAUAUAUAUGAAAAUGGAGGAAUUGCAACUAUUGGAGGAGUCCAUUCAAGAACAGUUAAGAACAAAGAUGAUGGAACAAUGGACAUUGAUUUGAUUGAAGCUGCCAUUAGAAAUCCAAAGGGACAGCUAUUCUUCCCAACAACAAGGCUCAUUUGUUUAGAGAAUACUCAUGCAAAUAGCGGUGGAAGAUGCCUUUGUGUAGAAUAUAUUGACAAAGUUGGGGAGUUAGCUAAGAAACAUGAUUUGAAACUUCACAUCGACGGAGCCCGUAUUUUCAAUGCCUCCGUGGCUACGGGUGUUUCAGUUGAUCGAUUGGUACAAGUUGCUGACUCAGUAUCGGUAUGCUUGUCAAAAGGUCUAGGCGCACCGGUUGGUUCCGUUAUUGUUGGUUCCAAAAGCUUUAUUUCUAAGGCUAGAAGGGUUAGAAAAACAUUGGGUGGAGGAAUGAGGCAAAUUGGCAUCCUUUGUGCAGCUGGACUUGUAGCUCUUAAAGAGAAUGUUCAAAAACUUGAAGCUGAUCAUCACAAAGCCAAGCAACUAGCUAGUGGAUUGUGCCAAAUUAAAGGAAUAAAGGUGGAUCUAAAAUCAGUUGAGACAAAUAUUAUAUUUUUUGAAAUUGAAGAGGACUCCCAAAUCUCAGCAAAGUUAUUGUGUAAAAGCAUGGAGGAGCAUGGAAUUCUUUUGAUGCAAGAAAGCUUAUCAAGGAUUAGAAUCGUUCUUCAUCAUCAGAUAUCAACAAGUGAUGUGGAGUACACUUUGAAGUGCAUGAAGCAAUUUCUCUGUGGGGUUCCAGCACUUCAAAAUGGCAACUAAUUAGUAAUCACAACUCAAGUUUAGUGUCGAACAGGACCGGAUUUAUUAAGGAGCCAGCGAAUUACGUGCCCCCUCACAUUAUCGACUUUUGUAUUUUAAUAUUAAUUUUGAAGUACCAGACUAUAAUAUAUAUUAAACAAUACUUUAUUUUUUCAAA